CAGGAAACUGAGCAUGUCUACUAGCUGUGCUGCUGCUUAGUGCAGCCAGGGAUGCGCUUGCUCCUUCCAACACCCGGCCAAUGCUAAAGUCCCUCAGCAGCGGCAGCAGCAGCAGCAGGAAAGCAGGGGGGACCCUGCACCCUCAUAGCACCCACACUGCACCCUCAGUGCAUCCUCACUGCACCCUCUGCUCACCAGCUCACAACGAAGACAGAAAAAACACACGUUGUGGAUGUAACAGGAAUCAUCUCUCAGAAUGUUCAGCACCAGAAGACUGAAGAAAAAGUCACAGUCCGUGGACAUUGCGGCAUCAGGGUAUAACCCCCUAUCAGAUGCAUCAGCACCCCAAGCAAGUAGAGUGCCACCACCCAUCGUCAAGGCAAUCUCAGAGGAAGAACAUCACAACACAACUAAUGCUCAGAAACGUCAUCUUAGAAGAGGCGAUCUCAAGAGAGGCUACACCAUUGACACCGGGCAGAAAAAGACCCUGGAGAAGAAAGAUGGGCGCCGGAUGUCCUUCCAGAGACCCAAAGGAACCAUGGAAUAUACAGUUGAGACCCGAGACUCCUUAAACAGUAUUGCUCUGAAGUUUGACACAACGCCAAAUGAACUGGUCCAGUUAAAUAAACUCUUUUCCCGAGCUGUUGUCCCCGGACAGCUCCUGUAUGUACCUGAUCCAGACUACAUUUCCAGUGUGGAAAGCUCUCCUUCCCUGAGUCCUAUAAGUCCUUUAUCACCAACCUCUUCAGAAGCUGAAUUUGAGAAGAGUACUGACACUGAACGCAUGCCCUAUAAGGAGAUUACUUCCUCCCCUGCUUACUCUGCUAUACGACCAUCCAGAGUGGUAUCCUCUACAUCAGAAGAAGAAGAAGCCUUUACUGAGAAGUUCCUAAAAAUUAACUGCAAGUACAUCACUGAUGGAAAGGGAACAGUCAACGGUGUCCUCCUUGUUACACCAAACAACAUCAUGUUUGAUCCUCAUAAGAACGAUCUUUUGGUUCAGGAAAAAGGAUGUGAAGAGUACGGUAUUAUGUGCCCAAUGGAAGAGGUGACUUCAGCGGCCAUGUAUAAAGAAAUUGUGAAUAGCAAACUAAAGGAUUCAGUUUCUGUGGAUGUAGGUCAGCUGUCAUGUAUGAGAGAGUUCUGCCAUUUAAAGAAAAUUUCUCCAGGGAACGAUAGUGCCAGUACUGCUCCAAGGAGUACAGAGGAGUCCCUUUCUGAAGAUGUUUUUACAGAAUCAGAACUUUCUCCUAUAAGAGAAGAACAUCUCUCCUCUGAUGAACUCAGACAGGACAAAUCUUCAGGGGCAUCGUCUGAAUCUGUUCAGACCAUAAACCAAAAUAUUACUGAGUGUUCGUUAAAUAUCUCGGACUGUGUCAGUGCUUCAGAUGAUGUUAAAGACAGCCUAGAACCAUCUGGGAAUGACAGUGGCAUUGUCGCCUCUAUCAAUGAUUUAGAAAAGAGUGAAGCAUCCAUAAAUGCAGGUGAAGGCGUGGAUAAGGACAUUUCCGAAUCCAGUUUAAUACUUACAGAAGCAAUUGAGGGGCACAAUUCUAACGAUGGAAUUCUUUCAUCAAAUAAAGACAAGCAAACCGGGGACCAGAAUCAUUCUAGAGAAGCUGCAUUUGUGAGAAACCAUCAACAUGAAACAGUACAGGAAGAAGCCGUAAAGCAGUCAUUUGGGGAUUCUGAAACUGAAGCAGAGGAGCUGCGUAAAUUCUGGAAAGACCUCACUAUGCAACAAGCCAAGCAACAAAGGGAGGACAUGCAGCACACCACACAGAAAGAAAUCAUGGGAAAAAUGCCAACAGCUGAAACCCAUAUAGAAGGUGUUUGUUCAUCUGUUGCCAAAGAAAAGAGACGCCAUCGGUCUCACAGAUACUUGUGCUUGAGAGUUGGGAAGCCAAUGAGAAAAACCUUUGUGUCGCAAGCCAGCGCGUCCAUGCAGCAGUACGCUCAGCGAGACAAGCUGGAAUACUGGUUUGCUGUUCCACAUGAAAGGUCCGACCACCUGUACUCCUUUUUCAUUCAGUGGAGCCCAGAGCUAUAUGCUGAAGAGGUUAGAGAGUCGGCCAGAGAGCCAGGGUUUGUAGUGGUGAAGAAGAAUGAAGAAACUGAGGGCUCGGACUGUUCCACAAACGAUUCUGCAGCCAGACUCUGGGAGGUAGUAUCUGUGGCAGAGUACCACCGCAGGAUCGAUGCGCUAAAUACUGAAGAACUGCGCACUCUCUGCAGACGUCUCAAGAUCACAACAAGAGAAGACGUGAACUCGAAGCAAGCCACAAACAUUAAGAAUGAUCAGGAACCCGAAUCUUUCCGACCAAAUCUCAGUGAUCCCAGUUCACUUUUGCAGACUGAUCAGAUCGAAAAGUUAACAAAGCACCUUCCACCUCGGACAAUCGGCUAUCCAUGGACGCUUGUUUAUAGCACUGCAAAACAUGGCAUGAGUUUGAAAACACUGUACAGAACGAUGCUUGGGUUGGACACUCCGGUGCUCCUGGUCAUUAAAGACAGCGAUGCGCAGAUUUUUGGUGCUCUGGCAUCAGAACCAUUUAAAAUAAGCGACUGCUUUUAUGGCACCGGAGAGACCUUCCUAUUUACUUUCUGCCCAGAUUUUGAGGUCUUUAAAUGGACCGGAGACAACAUGUUCUUUAUCAAAGGAGAUAUGGACUCGUUAGCGUUUGGAGGAGGAGGGGGAGAAUUUGCGCUUUGGUUGGAUGGAGAUCUUUAUCAUGGAAGAAGUCAUACAUGUAAAACAUUUGGAAACUGUAUACUUUCUAAGAAAGAAGACUUCAUAGUUCAAGAUAUUGAAAUAUGGGCAUUUGAGUAAAUAUGUAUGUAUAUAUUUAUAUAUAUAUAUAUAUAUAUAUAUGAAAGUGUUUCUUGAUGGAAUAUUUCUUAAUCUGUACAGGAGUGAAACAUUUUGAAACAAUGUUCCGCAGCUUAAUAUAUACAAUAUAUGAUAUCUAUUUUUUUGUUAACAACCAUAGUUAUUUUUCAUUUUCAGCAGCUAAAUCUAUUUUCAGAUGUCAGUACGGGGCGAAGCUGCAAGUGUACAUUUUGCCGUAUGUUAUAUGUUCUCACUUUUCUGUUCGAACUUAAUGACGAAAAAAGUUAUGGAGGCUAACACAGCUCCAAGAAUAUCAGUGAGAUGUAUCCGUGUCGCGAGCUUCAGGUUUGAAUCUGCGUUUAAGAAUUCCCGAAAAAACAACCAGGAAUGCGCGGAAGAAAGAAGGAUAAAAUGUCCAAGCAACCAAUAAAAAUUGGCAUACAAAGGAAAUUCAAAUAUAGUUUUGUACUGGGUGACUGUAUGUUGUACAUUAGUACUAAAUCUGACAAACUGGUUGGUGUAUAUGAUAAGUAAACAAUAUUGUAACUUGUAUUCUUUGUGAAAUAUGCAAACUGUCAUGUGACAUCAGAAAAAUUACCGUCUUUAGACUCUCGUCAGUAGCCGUUCCGUAGGAAAAUAAGCCUCUUAAAUAGAGGCUCUGCAGAAGAAAGUUUCAAUUUCAAAGCUUCUAUUCUGUUACGCAAGUAAAUUGCCAUGAUAAAUGUGACAGUGGGUUCUUUUUGUGCUGAAGAGUCAGCUGUUUCUGACAAACCUGUAUAUUAUCUUGUAAAUUAAUGUUCAAAAGUAGAUUUGUUCUUAUAGAAAUGUGUUCAUUGACGGGUUGCUUAUAGCACUUUAAAUUAUUUUGAAACCGAAUAAAAAGCCAAAUGGACUGGCUGUUAUAGGCUUAGAUCUUACAUUCUUUCAAAUCAAUCUAAACACAACUGCUUAACUGGUAAUAAAGGGAAGAAGUAUUCUCUAUUCCAUGCUAAUGCUGAAUGUGAAACAAAACAGGGCAUCAUCUAUUUUCCCAAUGUGUAUAGCUAUAAUCCUCUUCUUAGUACUAGUAUGUAGAAUAAAUGUUUACAAUUGAUGAAUAAAAAAAAAA